CCGUUGCUUGCCUUCCGGAAUACGAAAACAGCGGUUUGAAUUUUCUAGGAAGAUAUAUUGUGCCAGGAAGUGUUGCCUGUUCUGUAGACUGUAUCAAUAAUAGCGUCUUUAACUUAAGACAUAAAUUUUCAUUAUAUAUUGAUAUCGACAUAAAAUAUCUAAAAAAUCAUAAAAAUGUCAAAAGACGAAAAAGAGUGCGUUAUUCCCGAUGUUAUAUACGAUUCUAAUACCGGUAAAAGUUAUCUCAAAGGUCGUUUCUUUGGUAAGGGUGGAUUUGCUAGAUGUUAUGAAAUCAGAGAAUCAAAAUCUCAUCAUGUUUUUGCGGGAAAAAUUGUAUCCAAAUCGAUAAUGACAAAAAGUAAUCAAAGGGAAAAAAUGACGCAAGAAAUUGCAAUACAUCAGAGUUUAAAUCACAGAAACAUUGUUGGGUUUUAUGGCUUUUUUGAUGAUGCACAAAAUAUUUAUAUUAUUCUUGAACUUUGCCGUAAAAGAUCAAUGAUGGAACUACAUAAACGUAGAAAAGCACUUUCAGAAUGUGAGACUAGGUAUUAUAUGAAACAAAUUUUAGAAGGUGUACAUUAUUUACAUCAAAAUAGAAUUAUACAUAGAGAUCUAAAAUUAGGUAAUUUAUUCUUAAAUGAUGAUCUACAAGUUAAAAUUGGUGACUUUGGACUGGCGACACGAUUGGAGCAUGAUGGAGAAAGAAAAAAAACAUUAUGUGGAACGCCAAAUUAUAUUGCUCCAGAAAUUUUAACUAAAGCAGGACAUUCUUAUGAAGUUGACGUGUGGAGCAUAGGUUGUAUAAUGUAUACUUUACUUGUCGGUAAACCUCCAUUUGAAACAUCAACUUUAAAAGAAACAUAUAAUAGAAUUAAACAAGUUCAAUAUAAAACACCUUCACAUCUAAGUAAACCUGCCAUGACAAUGAUUACAAGUAUGCUACAAGGGACACCUUCAAAACGUCCUCCUGUAUCUAAAUUAAUAAAGGAUAUCUUUUUUACGUCUGGCCAUUUGCCAACAAGUUUGCCACUUUCGUGUUUAACAAUGCCACCACGUUUGGAUAUGUUGGAGAUGCAUAAUCAACGUAAACCUUUAUCCGAAAUGAAUCUUAAUGCCGGUGGAGAUGGAGAAGAUAAUACGUUCCGUGUGCCAAAUAGUCCAGCACGUAAAAAACCUACGGAAGAUGUCAAUGGUGUGCAAAAAGUAAAUCUAGAUAUAAAGAAAAUGUUACAGACAUUAAAAGAACAAUUGACUGCUGUAUUAGUGGCUAGACCAUCAAGCGAAACAGCAUCUUCUGGAGAUGAAAUGACUGAUCCAGCUGCACAGCCUUUAAUUUGGAUAAGUAAAUGGGUUGAUUAUUCUGAUAAAUAUGGAUUUGGAUAUCAAUUGUCUGAUGAUGGAGUAGGUGUUAUGUUUAACGAUGGUACAAGACUGAUAAUGCUGGCCAAUGGUUUCAAUAUCCAUUAUAUAAAUCGCGAUGGAAAUGAAUUAUAUUAUACCGUUCAAGAAUAUCCAACUAUUUUAGACAAGAAAAUGAAGUUAAUGAAUUUUUUCCUCAAAUACAUGAACGAGCAUUUAAUGAAAGCCGGUGGAUCGAUCGCUUUAAAACAAGGCGAUUCCUUAUCAAGAAUACCUUAUAUGCAUCAAUGGUUUAGGACACAGACUGCUGUAGUUAUGCAACUAACAAAUGGAACGAUACAGAUAAAUUUCUUGGAUCACACAAAAAUUAUUAUGUGCCCUCUAAUGGCUGCUGUUACUUAUAUAGAUCAAGAUAAAAAUUUUAAAACUUACAGAUUCCAAACCAUCCAAGAAAAUGGUUGUUCCAAAGGUCUUUAUAAAAAUUUAACAUAUGCAUAUGAAAAGCUUGGAUUAAUGUUAUUAAAUUCUCAAUCACGAUAACAUAAUACAUUAGAAUAAAAUUAUAUAAGAAUA